CCCAAUUCUGCAAAUAAUCUGCACCAAAAACCUUCAAUCGUGAAUCUACACCAAACAUCAUGAAUCUACACUCAAAAGAAGUUGCGAUCAAGAGGCCUAAACCUCCUAACCUCGAUGAAACCGAUUUCAUAAGCAAAUUACAUGACUCACUGCUGCUUCAAAUCCUCUAUCUCCUCCCAGAAUCCGACGCAGCUCGCACACGCACUUUAUCAAACAGGUGGAAGAACCUCUGCUCCUUCCUCCCCAACCUUCAUUUGGUCAUGCCCUUUUGUUCAAACAUCGAACAAGUCAACAAGUUUCACGACUCCGUCGAUCAAACCCUAGCUCUUCGGGGCGGGAUUCCGAUCCAACCUUUGUCGCUUACUGAGGCUCACUUGAGGGUAUCAACCUAUGAUGGAGAUGAACAUGUUGCUCAGCUCGUGCGGUGCCUCUCGAAUGUCAAAGUGUUGAUGUUAAAUGUUCCGACUUUGAGGAUGGUGAAAGACGGAAACAAAUUGAUUUUAAUAAGCAUCUUGCACAACUAAUUGGACUUCCUGUUCUUUUCCGAUGAAGAAAAUGUCGGCCCGAAUAUACGCGAGGUCUGACAUUUUGCAGUCAUUUGUCAAAUUUUAUCUAUUUUCUUUUGACUAUCUGGAUGGUAUGUCUCAUUCUUGAUCUGAUAAUUGUUUUAAAGUUUUAUUGGACUGUGAUUGUAUAUAUGUGUAUCUGAAGUAUGAUGGUACAUGUUCUUUAGUACAUUAUACAGGUCUAUGUGAUUAUAUAUGUUGUUUUGAAUUAUUGAAAAGUGUUCAUGUUUAUUGUUUGCAGAUG